AAACAUCUAUGGAAGAAAAAAUGGAAAUGAGGGGAAAAUGAGUGAACAUGGAUGCAUGUACUGGAAAUGAAGGAUGGAGAAAUGUAGAGGGCCAGAGAUCCAAAUGUUGAGAGGAUGGGAGAAAGCACAUAAAUGUAGAAAGAGACAAUACAGGAAAGGAGAUUAGAAAGGACAGACUGAGAAAGACAGGAUCAUGACUAGAUUAGAGAAGUGAAUGAAGGAAGCAAACAGAGGAAAAAUGAAAUGAAGGCCUGAAAAAGAUGACACGUGAAAGUGAGUGAAGGAAAAGAAAGAGAAAAAAGCUAGAAAAGAGGAAAAAACAAGGCAGGGUAGAAUGCUAAAGGAGGGAAAGAAGCAUCAAGGAUACAAGGAAGGAAGCAAAGAAGAGACCAAAAGGGAAGAGUGGAUAAAUAAAACAAAUGUGGUCAAAGGGAGGGCUCCGAGUAAAGGAUGUAGAUUAGGAACCUAGGGAGGAAGGAAGCAAGGGAGCAAACUUAUUCAUUUUCACGCCGUCGCCUCUGUUCCGUUAAGGCUCGCCGUGGCGCGCGAGGGUCGUCAGUGCUCUCACCACAUCACACGCGGCCACAUUCUUCAGCACGAGGACAUUCAACAUAACGAGAGCUCCGUCCCGCGCGCGUGCGACGCAGCACUCCUCGUAAAAGAAACAACAAACAGGCUCCCGGUGGGACAUCGAAGACACCGACGAGCGCACCCGAGUACAGGCUGAAAGCGCACGCGGCACAUUUCCCUCCACACACACACUUCCGAGCGGGGACCAUGGAGAGCGCAGUAAACGGCUCGGACGCGGAUUACCGGAGCCCCGUGUUUUACAACAGCACCAGCUUCUGUCGGAACUUCACUGACGGCAACGACAGCACGAGCUUCGCCGAGGCGAGAUGCGACGGCGACCGCAGAGUUAUCGGCAGGGUCGAGGACGACGCUAACCCGGUUAUCAUAGCGAUUGUUAUCACCGCGCUGUACUCCAUCGUGUGCGUCGUGGGGCUGGUGGGGAACGUGCUGGUCAUGUACAUCGUGGUCAGGUAAGGAAAGUACACAAAACACUGACACAAGUGUUUUUUCCUCGCGUGUAUUUUUCUGUUAAACACAUUUGAACUGUAUCGUUUACCAGUAUACCUUUUAACCGAUUCACAGGAUAAUUAACCUGUUGCUGUACACUGAACACAAAGCUGAGUGUGUGUGCGCGCUCAUGACACAGAGGGUGUCCAUGUGAAUGCUGUGUUGACAGUGAUAGACCAGCUGUCACUCGUGCGUAAAAUCCAUCCAACCUCUCAGUUAGCUGCUCCUGUGCACAAACACAAACAAAUGCAGCUAGGGGAAGAAGUGCCUAUGUCUGUCAAAACAAACACAUGCACAGCAACAGAGGAAGAGUAGAGUCUGCGUAGAGGACACGGGACACGCUUAUUCCCACUCUUCUCUUUUCAUCUGUGUCUCUUUCAUCCAUUACACUCUCUCUGAACUGGGAAAUCGCGCUGAUAUUGGAGAAUGCUGCAUAUCAGUCCCAUGUGAGCACUACACAGAAACAAUUAAUCCUGUAAGACGCUGCUGUUUUCAUAUGCAAAGUGUCUCCUUUGUGAUUAGUCACCAUGUAAAUUAGAUGAAAAACCUUUAAUAUUUUGGGAAAAGCACUUGGAACAAGCAAUUUGCAUACAAACUUGCUGCUUUUAACCCCACUGCACUUAAAAUAGCUAAGCACACUUUUCAAGUAUUAUGUGAUGUUUAAAACUUGUGUUAACAGCAAAAAAAAAAGCUUGAUGUCCAGGUAAGAAGUUGAUGGUAUUGUUUUUUUUUCAGUGGCUGGUGAUGUUGAUUGAUGAGCAGGAUGGCAGAUGGCUGAUAUAGUAUGAUGGCAAUAACAUGUUAAAGGGUUGAUCGAUUUCACUUUUUUUAUCCGAUGGCUAGGGCUGGCUGAUAUUGCAAAAAAAUGUUAUCAUGUUAACAUUUUUCACAUUGACAGAGCUGUAACCUGACUCAGGGUUUAUAUAGUGGAGUGGUUAAACAUAAAUACUGGGCUAUUCAAAUUUAAACAUUUAUAGUUUCUGUCCUCCCUGGAGUUUGGCUGAAGACAGUUCUUGCAAUAAGAAACAGUCUCCUCUUGGUUCAGGCUGUACUCUCCCAAAAAUAUACACUAUAAAGGAGAAGUACAAAAAGAAAACACAAUUAGUCACAUUGGAAAAGUUAAAAAUGCAUAUUUACUCAAACAAUGAAGCACAUGGCUCAUAAAACUUCCCACAGAGCUAGCAUAAUUGCUAGCUGUAACACAUAUGCUGCGUUCCAGUUGUACUCGGAAGUCGGGAUUUCCGAGCUCCGAGUUUGAAAUUCGUCUGGAACGCCCCCCUGAAGUUGGACGAUACUCCCCAACCCCGAAUUGACGAUGUCAUAAUUCAAGAUGGCAGCACAGUGCAUCAACAGAAAAGAGAAACAGUCAAAGCUCUCGUAGUGUUUUAUUUAUUAGCACUUCUAUUUUGUUUUUGUGAAAUGAAAUAAGUGGUUUAUGUUGUGCUGCCCAAUGUCUAACUGUAGUGCUAUGGUGUUUCUAAGAGUAAAAUACUGUGUUGUGCGUUGUUUACAACUGGUAUCGCUAACAACAACUUACAACCGCUGACAACCGCUAACAACAACUGACAACAGCCAACGACAGCUGACAACUGUAAACAGCUAACAAUGGGUAUGCAUCCAUCUUAGUUUACCGACUUGUUAACUGGAACGCUGUCAGCUCGGGUAAAGCGUCAUUCCCAGCUCUGACAUCCGACUACCGAGGUAACUGGAACGCAGCAUUAGUUUGUUAGCUUGAUGCUAACUCACACAGUUGUGACCGUAACAGACUAACAGGCCAACAGAAUCAGCAUUGCAACCGCCAUAAUGUUGAGUCACAAAACAAUCUGUGUCUACUUCAUCAUAAACACCAAAAUAUGCACUUGAACCUUUGUGAAGGACAAUCUUUUCACCCUGCUUUGACCUGUUUGUGGUGGCGUUUUCUCCUCUCAUUUCAGCUGUUUCCACUCUGCUCGAAGUGUCUACUUACUUGCCCCGAUGCCUGACUGGCUGUUGAACCGUGUCGGCAAACUGCUUUCAUCUUAUCCACUUGUCUUUGUCCGUUGUUAUAUUUCUGGAAGAAACCAUAGUGUUCCUACACAGGAGACCUUAGUGGCAGUGGGGGAUCUUCUAGUCCUUGUGCCGGCUGUCAUGACAGGGAAUGCAUGCUCUUUUAGUCGCUUGGCCUUGUGGGAACUCAGAUUUUGCUCAGUUUAGUACGCAUGUGCACUGUACCAGAGAGUCCCGUACUGAAACGGUUUGGCUCAAACACUUGUACUCUAACAACCCUAUUAGCCAGUGGAUGGAUCUUUAAUUAAUUAAUGAAAUAGAAAAGUAUGUCCGGCUAUGUUGUGGAUUUCAGAUUGACCGUGACCUUUAUUUUUUUGACAGAAGCAGCAUUAAAUUAUCUUGUCCCAUGAAUCAUAACAGAAUUUAUAUCAAACAGCAGCAAAUAACCAUUGAAGAUUUCACAUGCUGUCAUUUAGGAUGGGAAAAAUGUGUUUCCCAAAAAAGAAAAAAAAAAGAAAAUUAUAAUGAGAUUAGCCACUUUGCGUUUCCAAUCACCAUAAAACAGCCUGAUUAUUCAGUUCACUGAUUAACUGCUCUAUUUCUAGUUCCCAUACAUUGUCCCUGUUCCUUUUUCAUGUAGUUGUCAUGCCGUACAUAUUACCUCUGUUGACAUGAGGACAUCUUAUUAUUUCAAAAUGAACUUCAUAGAGAUGUCACUAUUUUACAGUUUAAUUACAGACAGGGCUCUUGUACAGUUAAAUGGCCGAACAUGUUGACUUAAGGGAACUGGUGCAAAAUGAGUGGUGCAGAGUUCAAGAAUUCCUAGGCCACUUGUUAUUUCCAUGGGGUAUGUGGGACUUUAAGUCUCAUGGGCACUUCACUCAGGAAAUGAACUGCUGUUUUUGUCAUUAUUUUUAGAUUAUACACACAGUUAGCUUUUGCAGGGUGACGAUAUGUCUGCAGAUGGAAAUAUUUCAAUGGCCCUUAGAGUGGAUUUGAAUUGACAAAAUCCACUCAAGUGUUGUUUUAGUGUGCAACAAAUACUUUCAGGGUAACCCAUCAUGCUGAAGACGUCCACCCAAAAGAAAGCUUUCAUCAUGAGAGGCAGAAUUUUACCAGCAGGCUUUUUAGUGUGCAUGGAAACAUGACACUUAUGUUGAUGAAACAAUCCCCUGCUGAUGCUCUGUCAUUUCAUAUUAGACUCUCCUAGGUGAUAAAAGUCCCCCUGGAUGGUGAACCAGUCAGAAAAAGGUAGGGGAAAGAGGACAAAACAGGUGAGAGAUGGACAUGGCCAUAAGAUGAGCUCAGGGGAGAAAGAUUGAUGGUGAGAGAUGAGAAAGUUGAGGACAGCUGAGAGGAAGGUGAGGGUGGUCUGCCUUGUGAUUACCCACUUUGUAGGUCUGACAGAAGCAAUGAAGAGUGGAGGAUUGAGUGCACUAAACUUGUCAGACAGGUGCUUGGACCACUUCAUGAAAGAAUAAAGAGUGUUAAAAUAGGCUCUUUAUUUGAUUUAUUCCCCCCUUCCCUCCACUACAAUGUAUCAUUGCUUUCUGACACCUAUUAUUCUUCUCACUCCCUCUCUGUUUCCAGGGCAGAUGCAACACUAACUGAAUGCUCAUUUGCCAGACUGCACACAUCCUCCUCUUCAGUCUGAGUGCUUCCCCAAAUAGUCUUAUACAAGUCUCCUCACAAUGUUUCUUUUGCAUCUUUCCCGGUUGUUUUCUUUUUAAAAAAAAAUGUUCACUCCAAAUUACUUUCCAUAACCCUGCCCUUGCUCAGGGAGUAAAAGAGAGCAACACUUAUUACUCAGAUUCAGGCAGACAAAGGCUCAGGGGCUGUGAUUGCCAUGUUUUAAAAUGGAGUUAAUGAAUAAUAUAUCAAAAUGAAUUAUGAAAUAUUUCUUAUUAACAAGUCCACAGUCAAGAGGAGCAGGAACAGCAAUCAUUACUUGUCAGAAACCAACAUUAAGUUACUCUCCCAUAGAUGAAAUAUGCAGCCUGUGUGCUCAGCUGAUUAUAAAUCAUAAAUAUACCGUAUAGUUCACCUUCCUCAGCAAAGUCUCAUGAGGACAAAUUCAAUAAAUUCAGAGCUAUUGACAGAGCAGCUGCUGUAAAGCAAUAUUAAAUAACCAACCACUUUAACAUAAUAAAAAGUCAGCAAGGUCACUUAUACAAAGACGUACAGACGAUCUACAGCUGUAAACCAAGAGGACUGCACUGUUGCUGGGCAGGACGUGUCUCCUCCAGAGAGUUGCAUCCAUUAGUGAGUUUGUUGUUGUCGUCACCUGACAGUUCUGUGCUACUCUCUUCAGUCAGCUCUAAGUUCAGCUUCUCUGCUCAUUUAUUACCAGAGAAUAACAUAACCAGUUUGCUCAAACUGUCUGUGCCUCUGGGAUCAGUGAGGAUUUCAGAUAUGAACAGAGAGAGGAUUAAGCCUUUAAAAGUGUAAUGGUGGUUAGAGGCAAAAACUGAAGAGUGUACAUAAAGAUGGAGAACAUGUCAGCUCCCAAGAAGUGGAGACAAAAUAUUAGGGACUCUUCAUUUAGUCUGGCAGUAGUUUGGUUCAGAAAGCCCUCCCGAUCCAUGUUAACUGAUGGGUUGUGGGUCAAACUUGAACAUAUAUGUCUAAGUUUUCUCUUCAAACAUUGUUUCUGUAAUUUUUGAUAGUUCUUUCCUUGAUCAAUGUUCAAAUAUUUUUCAAAGAGGUUUGGUUCAAAUUUGUCGUUUAGUACUAUAGAAUGAGGCACACUGCCUUGACUAAUCAGCCUGACAUGGCGAGACUAAUUCAUUUUUCCAGGAGGCGUUUGUUAUAGUCACUUGCAAAAAGUGCCUCUGGAGGCCAUUGUGCAGACUUACAACCAAUCAGGUUAAUGCAACAUGAUGUAGUACAUCAGACCAGAAAUGUAAAAAGACAGCAGCACGCAGAGGAACCAAACAUUUCUUUUGCAGUUUUUGGGUCUUGUUUUAAUGAAAGCAUCAUCUGGUUAAUUUAAAACGAUCUCUGUAGUGGAUUCAAAUGGACCUUCCAAUGGUGGAAGCUGCCAUCUUGGCAACCUCUCUCUGUUGUUAUCUUGAAUAGGACUGUGAUUUGGUUUGUACAUCUGUCAUCGACUAGAAACUUAAGAUUGAUCACGAUUCUAGACUAACCUGCCAGCAUAAAUGAAUAUGAACUCACUGAUGGGUAUGGUAAGUUAGAUUAAUGUGAAAUGUGGUUAUCUUAAUGCUGUGUGUGCCAGGUUGGCAGAAAAGAGGAGAAACAUGGAGUGAAAAUACUAUAAAUUCUAACUCAAACCUCUGUAAAAAAUGAGAUCCGGCUGUAAACCAGCAUGAGAAUCUGUUCUGCUGCAGAUCAUAGAGACCCGAGGAAUCUGCUAUUUUAUAAAUGAAUUAAAUGUGUGGAUUGGUUUGCAAAGGGACUGAAUGACUACUAUUCAUAGACUGUAUAUAAUACAGACAAUGUGGCUCUUGCCAUUUGAAGCCAAAUUGCUCUCUGUAUUUCUGUGUUUUUCUCCAUUUCCUGAAACCGGCAUUUGCGCAGUAGCGUUCUGCGGGAGAGUCGCUGUGUUUACGCUCUGCUUAAACCGCUAACUCCUCAGAUGUCCUAAACAAACUUCUUAAGCCCAUAGGCUUAAUCAAGUGUCAACAAAAGGGGAAAAAAAAUUAUAUUCCAGGGGAUUAAUUUUCAAAGUUUGUCCACAGCUCCAUUCAUUUUGCUGGAGGAAACAAGGUUUAUCACCUUUACUGCAACCAGUCAACAGGGGGUCUUGUUCUUGCAGUCUUCACUCAGCAAGGAGGCAGAUGACAUCCAUUCUAUAUAUAGUAUGUGCUACUACUACAGCAUCUUUAGCUCAGUCCUGCUGUGAAACAUAUGAUUUUAUUUUUGCAAAUGUAUUACAGCAUCAGGUGUAAGGAGGUGGAAAUGCAUUCUUCUUUAUACAGGUAAUGGGAAAAUAGGCCUCUCACGCCUCACUGAUUUGAGUCCCACUCGUGAACAUGUAAUCAUUGGAGCAAUCAAGGGUUAACAAUAAUGAAUUGAGAGCUAACCCCUGGUCUGCACAGGUAAAGAAAGGGCUAAAUCUUGUGAUUAUGGACAAUCAAGUCCAAGAGAAAUCCCAUGCUGUUGCUGCAUGUCCAAUGUUUGAAAAUCAUUAUGAAUAUUACAUGAAGGGAUUUAAGAAGGCCCUUGGUUAGUGCUGAUUAUGGGAGUAUUGUUUGAGCACUGAUGGUGAAUCAUGCAUGAAGAUUAUGCUGUUUGAGGAGCAGAUCACAUGCCCAAAAGACGGAUGAAAAACUGUUGAGUCAGAGCAACUGGAGGUUGAAGCUGAUAAAAGAUGUUUAACCCCCUUCGUUAUUUAAAAAGAUGAAACAAGGAGAGCUAAAUAAGAGAAGUAAGACUGAACUUAAGACUAUAAAUAAACAUACUUCAACUGUAUUAGAUGUCGCAAAUGGUUGAGUUGAUUUUACACUCAAUUUGUAGUAACUGGUUUCUUGAAAGGAGCCGAAUUGUAGGGUAUUCUAGAGGUAUUAUUAUAGGGUACUUAUUUUCAAGACUUGUUUCAGGCAGGUCUCAGAAUAGAUAAUGCUUCAUUAAAUUUUGAUUUCUUGUUUUGGACCUGUGGGCACCCUUAGUUGUGCAACACCACUGGUAUGUUUGCUACAGGCUAUUUUGCAUUCUUAUUGGGUAGUGCAUUGAUUUGUUCGAGAGUGUGUGGCUUUAGUUGUCUAUGGAGAAUAAUGUGAUUGCCAAUCAAAACUAAUGAUUAUGUCACCAUGACUGCUGACUCUCUCCUCUCUGAGAUCUUCCUCUUGUCCCUCUGACAAGACAGAAGCUCAUUUUCUGAUCAAGCUGUUGAAUCAUCACGGUUUUUUUUCUUUUCAUAAAGCAGUAUAUCAAUGUUUUUUUUUUUUCUCUUUUCUUAUUACCAGUGCUACUCGAUCAGCAAAACAAUACCUCAGAGAACAAUGACUGAAAUACACGCUUAUAUGGAUUUACUUUUAAAAAUAGCCUGAAAAAGACGCACUUCUUCGUACAACAAAUAAAAUUUUAUCACUUUGUUUUGCCCCUGGCCUUUCCCUAAAAAACAAAUGAAGUGGAAAAGAAACAUCAGUCAAAUAGAAGUAAAAUCACCUUUUGAAGUAUUAGUCAUGCGCCAGUAUCAUUCGUAUGUCAGGAUCUCUGUCUGCAGCUGUCUGGCGGGGUUGCAAGAGUGUUUAUGAUGUAUGAGAUGGUAUUAGGGCUCUUAUUAUGUAUUCCAAAUGUGUUUGUCUCCAACGCAGAUGAUCCAUGUAAGGGCAUUACUUCAGCCUCAGCUCUCUCUCAUCCUUGGUUGUUUGUGGGAGCAGCUUCGGGACAACCCAGCCGUCAGCUGCCUUUUUUUUUGUCAGUAAUGAAGGAGGUAUCAGUGCUAACACUGACACUGUGGGAGUGUGAGUGCAUUUGUGUGUGAGCAUGCGCACAAACAUUAGGGUAAUCCAGACUUUUCGAACUUGACUAAUGAGACGGUGAAAAAUUGGGCGAAAAUUCAAGGAUGCGUCCAAUACUCUGAGGACUAAAAUCUGUCACAGUCAGCAUUCAUGAGACUCUUUGUGUCCCUCAGUCUCUCUUUGUCUUUUACUUUUCCUCUCCCUGUCUGCUUAUUUAAAAUGAUCAGCCAUUUAUUUAAUGGCACACAACGGAUAUUCACUUAAAAAUGUAAAUGCAGACUCAGACUUUUCUUUCCUACUUGAUGGUCAUGGCCUUGAAUGCAUUUUUGCAUUAUUCAAUAGAGACAGCAGAGGAUAGGACAUGAUUUCCCCCUUACGGUCUAUGUUGUGUCUCAUGACCUUAAAGCCCAUAAAACAUUUCCUCUUUAUCUCGUUGUCCUUGUUUUGUUGUCUGGUCCACACUUAACCUCCCCACAAACUUCUUACGAGCAAACAAACAUGAGCAGAGAUCUGCACAGUAAAUCAGAGAAAAUCAAUCGUGGUUGAACGGAAAUAGCCGAGCACCGCAAGAAAUAUGCCACCAGUGCAGAGUGCUUCUCGUUACCAUGGAAACACAGGGAGGCGUUUUAAGGGCGAUGAGUGCAAAAUGACUCCACCACCUUGCUUGAAACCCCUGCCUCUAUCCCCCAUCAGUACAGCCAGAUGAGCAGCUGUACCUAGUUGUAGCAAACAGUCAGCAAUCAAAACUGUUUUUUUUUUUUUUUUUGUCUUAGAGGCUUUUAAGCGUCUGAACCAGCUGACCUGGAUGUGCAUUUACUUUAAAAGCCGUGUACAACAAACGUAACCUUAUAUUUCUAUUACUCCUUCACAUAAGGCAAGUUUUCCAUGACUCCACUCACAAAUGUCAGAGCAGUUUCCAAACAUCUGGUUUCCUGUUGUUUACUUGAGUGUUUCAAACCCAGCCACAUGAAAUAUGAUGUUAUGAUGAGACUCAACACAAUCUGGUUCUCAAGAGUAAUGCCAUAGAUUCUCCUCACUAAUGCUUCUCUGUAAUGGGUUUACUCAUGACUCUCGCUGUCAGAGUUGACAGAUAGUUUCAUGCGGAGUUUUAAACAACCUACCUGCAGUGGUUUGAAGUCUGAGUUACUUUGAGACAACAAAGCCUUCUACAAAAAUAUCUCUACUGCUUGUAAGUGUUGUGAAAUUGGCACUAGGACCAAACGGCCACUCAAGCCGGAAACUGGUUUCCCUCGGUUUGGACCGCCCACAAGGUCCUUGAUUGGCUCUGCCACAGGGCCUCUUUUUGUGUGUAAUUGGCUGUCCCUGCUGUCAGUCAUUCCAUGCCCACCAGACUAGUGUUUCGCAAGUUGCUUCUAAGAGUCAGUCCAUGAACAUCGCUAUUCUCCCAUUCGCUAUUUGCCAGUGUAAGUUUACAGGAGGGUGGCGUAACGUCACAUUCAUCAGAGGUUUCAUUCACAUCCCUGUAUCGGGUUUGUACUUCCAUCCACUUGCUGGACGUAUUGCCUCCUCUGUUACUAACCAAUGUGCUGUUUGCUAGGCCAUAUAUAAAGGCGGGAACUGAAUCAGCGUGUCACAUCAGUACUCAAGUCACAUAUGUCCCGCCCACCUUUGAAAUCAAAAUUCUGUCCAUGACUAUUUGAGUAUGAUUUUUGACAUGUGCUGAACAAAAUUAUGAGACAGGUGACAAGAAGCGUGUCGCUCUCUUCUUGAGCACAGGAGCUGCUGAUCACACCAAACCCUCUCACUUAGAGGACAAGACCCCUCAAGACUUAAACUCAAACUCAAAGUAAGAAUUAUUUUAUAAAUGUACACACAAGACACACGAUACACUAAAUCAAUAACAUAAUGUGUCACACAAUGUAAACCACACACCCAAACUACAGCACAGUGUAUUUUAUUCUGGAGCUGUGUCAGGAUACUUAUUUGGUUAAAAAAAGAAAAAGUGACUGGCAGGGAAAAUAAGCAUAAAUCAGGUUAGCUGCAGGUUAACUUGUUAAUUAUUAAAUCCUAACAUCUGGUCAAGGAAAAUAAUAGUAUUUUACAAUCCAGCUUUUAUAUGUUUGCGCCUCUCUCUGCUCAGCUGCUGGCUGUGUGAGUGUAUCACCUGUUUUGAAAGUAACUAGGAUUGUUCCUCAUAAUACCACAGAACCAUAAUUCAUUAUGUUCUAUAUUAUGUGAUUAAUUAAAUGACAUUGAGGUAUGAGAGUGUUAAACCUGGCACUCUGACCUCAGUUUCGUAACCACCGCACAGCCCAAUAGUCUGUCAUUGUGUUCUAAGACCUUGAAUGCUGUUAAACCAAUGACAAGCAGACAGCUGUGGAUUUUAUGCUUCAUUACUCUGUUUGCUUAAGAGUACUGAAAAACUCAGCUAACAUGAAAAAGUCAAGAAAAAAACGGCCUACCCUCAAUAAUAAAACUAUCAACAUACAUGAAGAUUAAUUGAUCAUUACUAUAACCCUUAUCUGAGUUUUACAGCUCUGUGUGUGGUUUGCGGAAAAGCCAAUUCUACAUGCUGCUUUUCUUAAAUGUAUGUGAAUGGAGACAACAGGGAGUAUAGUGUCCAAUUUCUCGUUAAGGAUAAAGUCCAGGCGGUAAUUGGACGACCCUUCCUGAGUGUGUCUCUGUGUUAUGGAGUAAUGAGCUACUGAACACCACUGGACACUGCUGGAGCAUUAGUGUGCUGUCAGUCUGGAUUCAAUGGGAGGUGUCACAUUGGACAAGAAAAGGGGAGAAACUCAAGGAGAAGACAAAGACCCUGAAGAUGUUCAAGCUUUCAUCGAGUGGUGGACCUUGGCUUUGGUGACUGGAAAGAACUCAAGAGAGAUAGUCAAUUGGUUUUGCAGAGUCAUGCUGUGUUUUGUUAGUUUAAUCUCUGAUACAGGAACCCAGUUGUCUGCAGUACUCUCCUUGGGCUGCAUGAUACUGAAAAGACCUCAAUGUGACAUUUUUCCUUUCUGCAUUUUAUAUUGUAAUGUUCACAAAAAAAAACAGGAAUUUGUACUAAAUAAAUACUGGGUACUUAUUUUUAAGCCAUUAUUAUUUGCAUCAACGUAUUUAAAAUAUUUAUUAGGAUCUUUUAGUCUAUUUUCUACUUUCAGAUAAAUAUCAUCUUUCCCUUCCCUUUAACCUUUAUAACACUGUCCAGCCCUCUGACUGAAUCUCCUGCAUGGAGAUAUGGGGCUCUAUUUUUGUGCCUCUGGUCUGCCGUGCCGAUGAGGCGUGCCCAAGCACACCUUGGUAUUUUAGUGAGCGACGCAAUUAUUACCCAUUGAUGUCUAAAAUUAGGUUUAAUCUUCAUCACAAGCCCUGUGAUGGUAAAUUAAUUAAUCCUAGUUAAACUCCAAGUAAUGGGAAGUCGUCCACCACUAUUGCACCUUUGGUCCAUCAAGGUGUAGUGAAGUGGAUGAUCCAUGUUUUUCAGAAUAGCCUUCAUCUUCCUCGGUGUGCAUCAAUCUAACAAAUCCUCCAGUGAGUCCAACUUGAAUCCAACCACAGAGCCAGCUUUUUUCACCAGUUUGUUUAGACGUCUUGCAUCUUUGUGUUUGAUGCUUCCUCCCAAGCAGACUGCAGCGUAGAACAGAGGCAGGACUGUGGCAGGACUCAGUACUGUAUUUGAAGUCUUAUGUUUACAGUGUGAACAGGAAUGGCACCAGCACUGUCCCUUGUGGAGCCCCUGUACUGCUCAUUAAUGUCCUAGCCUUCCUUUCAGGUAAUCUGCGAUCCAGGAAACACAAGAAGGAUCCACUCCCAUUUCUGUGAGCUUGUCUUUGAGUAUGGUGGGUUGGAUGGUCAAAGAAGAUGAUCCUCACAUAAACUCCAUGUUACCUCAGAUGAGACAGGCCACAGUGAAGCAUGUAGAGGACAGCAUCAUCCACUCCAAUGUGUACUUUGUAUGCAACCUGCAGGGAAUCCAGCUUGUCUUUGACCUCAGGCCUCAGUAGAAUCAGCCGCUCCAGGGAUAUCAUGAUUUGUGAAGUGAGGGCCACUGGUCUGGAGUCAUAAAGUUCAGCCAGACAUUUAGUUUUUUACACUUAUACAACACAGGAUGUUUUCCACAGAACAGGUACCCACUCCAGCUGUAGACUCAGGUUGAAGAUCCUGUGAAGAGGUUGGCACAGUUCUGCAUCACAGUCUUUAAGCAGCCUUGGACACACACCAUCUGGGCCAGCUGCCUUCCCAGAGCAAAGUCUUCCAAGCUUCAACCUCACUGCUGUUUCUGUGACAGACAAAGGCUGGUGUACAAGAAGGGAGGUAGCUGCAGCAGUGCAGACACGUAUAGGAAACUGAGGAGGAGAAGGGGGAGCUACCGUGAAGAUUUCCAUAUGUUGAGGAGAGGAGGUGGAGUAGCAGUGUACCUCUAUCUUCUGAAAGGCACUGAAUUAAUCACCCCAUCUAUAUUACAUCAUGUUGUCUCUCUUUAAUUAAUCUAUUUUCAGUGUGUGUUCGAUUAAGGCUUAAUCUUCUCAGCUAAUUUUUUUUCAAUGAUAUCCCCCUCCUCCCCAACACACACACCACCCCAUCAGCUUUCCCAUUAAUUCUUGAAUCGUGCCUCUCUCGCCUCCCAUUAUUUUUUCAUUUCUUAAUUGUCUAACCUUUUGGAAAUAUCCAUUAACAGCACGCCUAAAGAUCAUCUCUGAUUUCAGAAAGUUUAACUUAAAAUCACAACAGGCAAUCCAUGCAUUGACAAGACUUCUCAAUGAUGUAGUGUUUUGCAACAACACAAGAGGCAGAGGGCACGAGACACAAGAUCUUCUAAAUCAACAAUCCCAGAUGGAAAUCUUAUGAAACAAAAAAAAUAUAUAUUAAAAAAAAUGUUAAAACGGUUAGCGUAACACUUGGACCAGGUAUCAUUCAGUGUGUUUACAUUUACGGGAAUGUGGCGCACAUGCACAUGCAUUGUCCAAUCAUACUCUGACUACGCUGGUUACAUGGUAGAUAAAAACAAAUUCCAAUCGUGUUAUCUGGGUGUCUUAAUCGGAGGUUUCCGACUCCAAUCGGAGUUCUCAAACUCCGAUUAUAGUCCGACUAAGGUGUUUACAUGCACUUGAGUUGUCUGGUCUAAAUCAAAGUAAGGCAAUGAUUCAGUUUUCUCAAGUGUCAUGUAAACAUACUAAUUGAUGUGGGAGACACUGUAUGUUGCAGAUUUAGACUAUACUUGCCAUUGUGUCACCUACAUGACAUGAAUCCAUAGACGAGCCAAUACUAGACCACACUGGUUUGGAAAAACUUAGAGGUAGAAACCUUGAGCAUAACUAGACUUAUAGGUGGGGAGGCGCACUGCUUGGCACCAAGUAAUCAGUGUGCUUUAACUAUUUUACUGUUAGCCCUGAGCUGUCUCAAUGGUAGUCUCCUUUUUGUAAAACUCUGAUAAAUGCGCACUCUCAAAAGGAGAUCCAUUCAGGUUUUUGUAAGCAGAUGUGAAGAAAAACUCAACAAAAUAGGAGCAAAGGUUAAAUUUUUAUACUGAACAUCAGAAUCAUUUUGAUAUAACUCUUAAACCAUAAGAGCCCGGUUUGUUUUUCAAAGGAUUAUCGUGACUGCCACACAGUUAACCACUGAAAAAUGAGCUGUAGUAAAGAACAAUUACAAACUUUACAGAAGGGAACAGAAAGCAAAUUUUGUCCCGUUAUGUUCUGGGAGAUUGAUGGGGCUUCUCGGCUCUUUUGUCCAUCUGUCAAUAAUUGAGUCACUCGCUCUGCAACCCGGUUUCUGCUCUUUAUUCUCUAUGACAGGUAGCGUUAAACAUGUCUGUCUUCAUUCUGGCUGGCAUUUUAAAGCACCAGGGGGUAUAUAUCACAGAUUUAAAGGAUUAAUUCGUCAAUACUGGCACCCUCCCUCCCUUUGUUGUUAGUUUUUUGAAUGCUAUGACUCAAAAUGAGAUUUUCAUUCGGCUAUAGACAGCUUUUUGUUGCACAAGGACGAGCAAGCAAAACAAACAACCCCGGAGUUUUGUGGAUGACGUCAUCCACAGGAAAACUUGCUUUGGACUCAGAGUUUCCAAACAUGUUGCUGCUGUUUACAGCUAUUGCACUUAUUGUAUAUGGAUUGAAGACAGGGGCCAAGGACACAGAGAGAGCCUUUGUUGGAGAUCUUCUGUCUACCAAUAACGGUGUCCCUUAGCAACAAGCUGAUAAGCUCUUCUCCAUGUCCAUCUUUCUAUUACCAGUAUAACUGAGAGGAUCUGGGUUGGUCCCAAACUAGUUUCCCAUUUUCUUUUUCUCAUAUUUUCAAUAAUGGAGAAAAAACACAAAUGAGUCACAGUGAAGCAGGCAGUGAUUGUCCAACCCAUGAGCCAAACACAAUACAGAGUUUGAAUAGAUGCGGAGUGUGCAAUUAAUGUUAUUGUCAUCGUCCCAUUUUGAAGCCAUGUUUGGCAAAAUUAGAUUGGAGCACCUCUUAACUGGGCCAGGUUUUGAUUCCUGAAGUUCUUCUAACCGGGAAUGAAAAGUUGUUUAUGGUUUUUGUAUUUUUCAAAUUUCACAAACCUCACAGAAUAUGAAGCAGUAGUCAGCGCAACAAGUUUUCAUUACAGUUUAAUUAUCCACAUUUAUCUAGAGAGGACACAAAAUCCACAACCAUUUUUGCAGUUUUUCAUCAGAUAUUAGGACUAGCUGUGCCUUUGAUUUAAUUAAUUUUUACCCCAAAACAUUUAAUUCACAAGGACACUGAGUUUCACCUUGUACAUCUGCUUGAGUUUCCACUCCACUUGAGUUUGUGGCUGUUUGUCUAUGGAUAUUGAUCUCUUCGUCAAUUCCAGUCAAGCCAAUUGGACGUGCUCCAAUAUGUCACCUCUUACUGUUGAUGGAUGAUUUUAUUAAAUGUUUCCAUCAAUGGGGAAAUUGUUUGUGUAUGUCUUCUACUGUAUGGCAGCUGGUCCGGUGUUGAGAUGGAAAAAUUGAAGGGCAGAUUUUGUUAUCUGUUGAAGGGGAAUGUUUUUACUCAGGCUUUCCUGCUGAUAUACGGUAAUGAUUUAGAUGAGAUGUAACCUCUCAUACACCUUGGAUCAGGUUGGUAAAAUACAAAAGGAGGUAGUAGUCGUUGAUAAUAGCUCCCUGUUGCGUAUUUACUGCAUCUGAACAUGUACUUAUGAGAGCAUAAUAAAGAAGUGUAUGGUGGAAAAAUCAUUUUAAAAGACAGGAGAUGCAUUUAUGUGAUUUCUCAACCUUGUGUGAGAAUCUUCAGAGAGAGUAUGUGAGCGUGGCUACAUAACUACAAACCUCAAGUACCAGCUUGUACAGCACACACCUGUCACAACAACAACAACAAAGACAGGCUUUCUCUGUCUGACAGCUUCAAAAGUACCCAAGUGAACAUCUUGUCUUUUCCUGACUUUAACAGGCCAAACCUUUUAUUUCAAUGUAUGUGUGUUUGUUUACAGACUUGUUUCUUCUACGUUAAUGCAAACGACCACAAAUGAGGAACUGUGCAUGGUCAGGCUGAUUCCUAGCAGCUCUCAGUCAAUUUCACAGAGAGCUGUUUGAUGUUUGGGAUUUAAUAUGUAUCAUUUGUUCUGGUUCUUUCACUAAAUAUAGAUAUGGAAGAAAUGCAGGCUGUGAUCAUUUCAUCUCAAAUGGAAAUCCAGCAUAAGCACGUUAUCUACAAAUUUGAUUUAACUCGGCUGGAAAUAAGAUUAUAUUUUUUGAUGGAUCUGAAAAAGCAUAGACCUACCGCUGCAAUUAGUUUGAUUGCAAUUUCCUAGGAUCUGUGGUCAAAGUUAGGUGUAGAAGAUGCACUUUGAAGUCCCUUUCUUUCAUCCAAAAAGUGAGCUGCAUCUCUUAUGCAUUUCUAAUCUAUACGAGCAUCAAAAGUGAGGAAAGGCACUCUAUUGUAUUGGCUAUUUUACCAAGAUGACGGCACACAUAGAAGCAGGCAAAUGAUUCAGUGGGCAAAAGAUGCUGGAUGGGUCAUAAUCAUGCAUUUUAGUAAACAGUGGUAUACUAUUGAGUAAAUGAACUUGUUGCGGGCUAGUUCAUAAAAAACAAACAAACAAAUAAACAAAAAUUCAUUAGUUUACCCGGGCUGAUGGGGCCUCUGUUUCACUGUGUUUGAGAAUCAUGUCUGACAUACAAAGGGCUCUACUGUUUCCUGGCUCACAAAGGAUAUACUUCACAAUCGUCAUUUUCUACAUCUUCCUUCUCUCCUCUGCUGAAGUCUAUUCAUACAACUUAAACAAGAUAAGUUAGAUUUAAUACUUGUUCACAUACUGUAUUCAGACACGGGCACUGUUGAGUGGUCAUAUUAUUCAUAUUGUGUCUAGUUUUUCUCCUAUCUGUGAAUAUACCAGCGUAUAAUCACUGACUGUCACAUUGAACCCAUUUGGCACACAAGUGAAUUACAUCAAACUAUUAAUAUUGACAUUUAAUGCCAGAAAACUUAAACAGUGACUCACGCUGGUGGAUCUCAAACACAUGGAUGAAUCUGUAUCCUGUGCAAACACUGCUCCCUGGUCUUUUUAUCAGUAUAUUUAUUGGUUUUAUCAGUCCAUUUUGUCUGACAUAUGUCCAUAUUUUCCCAUCAAAGACUGAGGUCAAUGUAAGCAACACGAUGUACUCAGAAGAAAAGGCACUGAGUAUAAAAUCAAACCUGAGGAAAAGGAAAUGAUGUGAUCGGGUGCUUGGGGAGUUUGUUAGACUCUGCUUAAUCAUGUGGUAAGAUGGCUCAGUUCUGAGAAAACGAGCCAUACUAACCUGGAUAUCCGACCCUGAACCUAAUACACUUACUUUUGACAAGUAUGUCAUAUAACCCCAUUUUUGAUUAACCACCCCUGAAAUCCAGGGCGUUCUAUUGCCACAAGUAUAACUCCCUCACCAGGAUCCUCUCCUUGUUCCCUCCCACAUUUUGCUUGUCAUCACAGGUUGAACAUAGCAGCUGUGUUUGAUCAUGCUCAUGGGCUUGUACUUUGUGCUUGUCACUUUGAUUUCUCUGCUUUAAUUGAGCGUCUUGUGAUAAAAUCACCAUUGUUUGUUCUCUUUGUGUCUGAUGCGCAUAAAAAAGCUCUACAAAAUCAAUUUCAACCAAAACUUCAGUGUAGAAAAAUCAUAUCCUAUUUUGAGGAUUGCUGUGACAACACAGUCAAAGUACUAUUGAAGGGUUUGAAGAGUGAAAUGAAGUGUUUGAUGACUAAAUCAGCAUUUACAAAAUGUUUUGAAACUAUUCAGAGGAAACCAUUUACAGUAAACCAACAUGCCACCUCUUUAAAAUUCUCCUUAAAUAAACAGUUAGGUGCUUUCUAUCUAUUCACCCAUUCAUUAUUGUACUCAGUAAUGGAAUUCAAGAUUAUGAGCACUGCCUGCAUUAAAAACUGGAUUUACUAUGCUGAUCAUUCUGAGGAGCAAAUUUAUAAAAUGAUGCAGCAGCUUUUGCAAUUGUGCCCCACUGCUGUAAGCACAUAAUUAAUUUAUCCAUUUUUUGUAUUCGGGAGGAUAAAUCCGCCUUUGUUUUGCAAAUGAGGGUUUGAGUCAGAAUAGCAACUCAAAUUAUUUGUAUUCGUACAGAGCUGUUGAUGUCUCCAGGGUAGUGUUAAGGCGGUGUCAAGUUUAGACAUUUAGCAAUCUUGACAGUUCCUACUUUCUUUGAACUUUUCAAAAAAUUGUUUAAAACUUUCUAUAACUAAAAUGUGUGUGUUUUAUCACAGUAAGUAAUUUCGUUCGGGGGCUGCCUGGGGCUAGACACCUGGCCCAUAGUUUGCUCCGGGGCAGAAACAGCAUUAUGAUUUUCCCUUCACACCUGGACUUGAAAUAAGCAGGAAAAAGAGUGGUUGGCUUCUCACAGACUUUACAUAGGUUAGAUUGAAUUCAGGCAGCAAAAGAGCGAAGUUUCAGCAGCAGAAAUUACUGACAAUUUCCCCAGAUAUCUUAUUCAUGACAGAAACAAAUUGCACCAAGCUGUGAAACUUUAACAUGGCUGUAUUCAGUUGAGCAUCAAUACUCUAUGUAUCUUUUCUGAAUUGGCCCUUAAGAUGGAGCAGAUAAUGAUGACAAGUGGAACGCAAUUCAUGGUGCUAUCAGCAAAAGUAGCGUGUUCAUGGAAAUUCGCCCCUGAGCGUACAACCACAGAGCAGCCAGAAGACUACCACAAAGACAUUUGAGAAGUUGUCUCAGAUGUUUUGAUAUGUACUUACAUUUACAUACACAAAACACAAUAAGCAUUUUUUUUACUUGGUGCUAUGAGUGGGCUGAAAUGGACGAUCUUGAAUCAACAGUUUAAGAUGCUGCAAUCAAGGGACCAAUCCCAACAUGAUCUUGUGUGUAGCAGUGGGUUAGAUUACAGUUCGCAGUCACUGCCCUCUUAUCAGGCGAAAAUGAACUUUAUGAGCCUGUAAGAAUCUAGAAAACAUUAUUAGGACAGGAAAAAAUAAUUCUGAAUCCCCCUGGCUGAAAGAUUAUCUCUUAUAAAAAAAUCAAUCUGACCCACCCAACAGUUGACCUAUCCUUUCCUGCAAUCAACGGCGCACAAUCCACUGUGACCUCCAAAAUAAGAUGGUAUUCGCCGGAACAACUUGAAUGUCACUUUUCUAACUAAUGGAAGCACUGGACUAGAUGGUCCAUGCAAGACUACAAGUUAACUUGUUCUGUAUUUUAUGAUGUGAGUAAGGAGGUACUUACUUUACUCCCAUCUAGGGCAGACUGUAUUGGUUGACUGAACACAGCAUCUUCUGAAACUUUCUGCCGUAUUAUAAUAUCCACUGUUGACUUCAUUUAUGAAUUUUCUUGCUGGACCAGUUCGAAAAAGAGCUGGAUAAAAAGAGACAGCGCAAAUAAACUGAUUGCACAAGCAAGACAGCGAAGAGAGUGAACACGAGACAUAAACCUUUAUUUGUUUAUAGCUUUAAGAGGAUUCAAUCUCAAGUUGAAUUAAAAAAACCAUCAAAGUGUCAGCAGACUUUCUACUUUAAAGCUUGACUUUCUUUUAUUGUGUCAGCAUGUUUGAACAAAGACGAGACUGAACAAAAGAAGAUUUAACUCAGUUCCUUUGUAUCUCCGAAGUCAAAAGAGUCUUUAUUCAAUAACACUGUAGGAUUGUUUUGGCCUCUUUGACUGUUUGUGCUCACUUCACCAUCACUCUUUGUGUUUGACUCUAUUUGCUCUGGAUGAUCUACAGGUUUGGCUCCUCCAAUCACAGCUCAAAAGCAGCAAAAAUGUAUAUUUAUUCUUGCAGGUCCCGCACAAAUCCAUGUACCACUGAAUUCAAUGGUAAUUUGAAAUUGAUUGCAUUGUUGCAUCUUAAAUUUGAGCUGUUUUCUUGUUUAGUUAGAGCCAUUCAAAUAUUAGACUUUUCCCUUUUGCUUUGAGCUUACUUUAGGCAGAUUAAGUGUCCCUGAAUUAAUACAUUCACAGCACCUCUAAGAGCCUUUCUGUCCAUGUCAGAAUAGGUGCAAAAUCUCAGUCUGUCAUGUCAGUUGACAAUGUGUAUGUGAGACCGUUUACCAAUACUGGGGGCUGUUCUGGGAGCAGUUUUCCUUGCAGUGUAUUCCCAUGGGGUGCCGCGUAAUGACUUCCAUUUACUGGAAUGAUUUCCAAGAGGGGUUAUAUGUGGAAAAAAAAAAAAAAAAACAAUUAUUGGGGCUUGCUUCAAUUCAGAGAGUACCACAGGGGAAAUAUGGUUUGCAAACAUAUUAACACUAAUAAAGCACUUAGUAUCCGCUGUCAUGAAAACAGAAAAGAGGAGUCCUUUAUUCAUUGUCUCUUAUGGCAAAUGUCUGGUGUUUAUCUCAGUCCCUGUAGGUCCAUUUGAUGAAUGUCACUUUAUAUAACUCAUAACAAAAUAUUUGAAGCUAAUAUCUGAUCAUAGUCAUGUUGAAUCAAAUUUAAUCAAAGUCGUACUAAGGACUUUGGAUUGCCACUGAUUGCCUGAAUUGAUUCAAUCUAGGUUCACAAGGUCCCGUUUCAAUUUGACUUCCAAUCUGAUUUGAAUCGACAUUCAAAGUAGAUCUCCGGAUUUUAUGAAUGUCUGCAAAAUAGAAACUGAUUUGUAUCUCGAAAUCAAUCUUUUUUUUUUAACCCAGCCCGAUAAUUUUGCUAAUGUUAAGUACUCUUUAGCAGGGGUUGUAAAGUCUUAUGCAUCGUGUAGUGAGACAUAUUCCUCUCUCUCCUCCAGAGGCUGCGUGUCUCUGUUUAAUGUGUUGAAAUGAAUUUGUUUUGCUGCUUCUGCUUUUAGUCAAACCAGCCUUUGAACAAAGUUUUCAGCCGACUGUGGUUUGUUCAAGGUCUGACACCAUAAACGAACAAAUAACUGUGGCUUUUUUUUUUUUUUGGAAACAGACUCAGGAUGACGUGUGUGUGCCUUCAGGAGGCGAAUCAAAUGAUAGGGUGAACUUCAGGAGCUCAAUGAAGGUGGCAGAGAAAGCUAGAGGGAAAACAUGGCUUUUCAUUUUUAAAAAUUGUGCUGAACCACAAAUAUGAAUUAACUAAUAAACAUAAUUAUCGCCCAGACCUGGUUCUUCUCAUCCAAUGACUCCCAGGCCCAAUCAACAGGUUGAAUUCUCAGUUUCAUACACCUCUAGAGGUCUAACAUUGAUUGAAACAGUUUUUGGCACAAACAUUCGUAGUUCCCAGAGGAUGAUUGGAAAUGAGUUUGUAAUCGUCUGACUAUCCCUCGAGCUUCGUCACGAGCUUCACUUUUCAGUUUGUCUGAUUUAUGGUUUUCAAGUAUUUCUCUGUUUGCUAGUCUCCACAGCCCUUUAGAGUCAUGAUAGAAAAAUCCAUACGUGAGGGGGAUGAUGAACUACGUAGAUGGUAAGAUUUUAUGAACUCACAAGAAUAAAGGUUUUGCAGCAUAUAAUUCAUUUCGACUCUUUCUUUAGUAUCUCUGGAUCAAUAGGAUCAUUGUGGAUUAAGGUGUUAGCACUUAUUUGUGGCAGUAUUGGAUUUUCUAAGACCAUCAGUGUGAUUAAGUACCUUGGUUUAUCAGAUAUUUUCAUUAUUAGAAAACUCAUUUAAGCUUAACCUCAUUUAGUUUACACACACUGCUUCACAAAUACUUUUAAAAUAGAUUUCCCAUGUUUUGUAUCAUAAUGCAGUAAAGUUGAUACGUUCAGGUUUAAAGCCUGAGGAAGAAUUUUGAGAAAAGUGUGACGUUUUUGUACACUGAAGGCACAGACAAACCAUGACUUCCUGACGAUGCUUGCCACAGAAGCACAUGCCUGGCAGUCAGACUGACACGCAGACUCGCACACCGUGCACUCUAAUCCAUCAUGUCCUCACAGCGUGCAUGGACAGUGUUACUGGUGAGAGCCAGAGGCGUACAGAUGUCUGUUCACAUGAGCAGCCCCUGUUUUUGCAGCCUCGACUUAAUGGUUUAUCUUCACCCAGCAGCAGCCCAUGAAUCACACACAAGGUUACACACACACACUGACCGGCUUAGCUGGGUGAUGAUGAAUUAUGUUUAGCUGUCUGUGUGUAACAAAAGGCACAAAAAAAUGUAUCCGCUCCCAUUUCCAAACUGUUGAACACAAGUGCGUAGGUUUCAUCUUGACGUCUGUGAAAACAUGGUGACAAGACUGUUGACCUACCAAAGGCUUGCUUCCAAAUUACACAGAGAUCAGCCUGGUGCUGAAAGGGUUUGAACUCUAAAUGUCCAGCCAAGUUAUGGGUCUCUCAUUAUCUGUUGGCCUUCUAGUAUCUAUUUGACACUUCAACUGCUGCCCCAGGCAACAGAAACCUAGGGGGAGAUGUUUACUCAAGCCUAAUUUACAAUCAGCAGAUAAAAGCGUCAGUAUAAAACAAUCCAAAUCACAUUAAUGUUUAUGAGCUAUUGUGUUUUUUUAAUGUCUCACUGCACAAAUUAAUAGCCUCUGCUCUUUCUUCCUCAAUAAUUUGGCAUUUAUUUGUGACAACUAUGCCGUUCGCUAAAUCAAACUGAAUUAAGUUGAUGUUUAUCUAUGAAGAUUUAACAUUUUCCCUUUAGGGGGGCUUCUGAGUUACACACAGUCGAGUGGAUAUUCACGGGCUAAGGGUUUUACAUGUAAACAGCGUCAGAGAGCGGUAACUGGGAAAUGUACAAUGACAGAAAAUGAAAAAUUGAACCCAUAUACAAUAGUUUGUGGAUGUUGAAUGCAGAGAAAACAACAUUAUUUCUAAUCUUAGCCUCAUUAAAUCUGAUCCUUUAGACAGAAACAGCAAAGGACUAACAGAAAGUGGUAAUUUUUCCUCAGACAGGUUUCAGCAUCAUUAUUCAAAAGUUGCUGUACAGGCAAGCUUUAUAUCUGCAUUUGUUCGGUUAUUAUUUCUUGUCAUUUUACUUUGAUGUCAUAAAUGAAGCAGCUGUGACGCAUGAAAAAUCUCACAACUGGUCUGAGAUUUUAAGUUUUACAAUCAUCAUAUUACAAUCAUGCCCACAUCAAAGUCUCUUAUAGGCCUAUUCAUAGUGGUUGCCAUGGUGAAACACGAUCUUCACAUGUACAGACAGUUAUCAACUAAUUACAUGCAGGCCCAUGUGAGCGGCUCCAUGCUGCGUUCUGUGGUCUGACCUGGAGACGUGUGCUGUGCAAAGUGCUUUUUCUCCCCAGUGUGGUUUGUCGUGCGUGUUUGUCCGUUCGUCACCAUCUAACACAAAAGGAAAAAACACUCAAAUGUUAGAAGCUGGCAAAAAUAGUCGGGCAACUGUUUAUCUAUUGUCCUAGAGCAGCUGGGGUUGGACUCCUCUAACCCAAUUACGAGGAAAGCACAUGCAACUUAAACCUGUGCCCAAGUGAUGGUUGUCUCAAACAGGCCCUGAAGUGAAAUGGGUUCACUCACUUAGCUCUCCGCUGCUUUGCCAAGUGCAGGUUGAGUAGAGACAUUACACUCUGGAGCUCUGUGCACUCACAAAUAGCAGCAUUUUAACUUGUUUACAGUUGUUUUAUUGGACUUGGAGACCACAAAAAAGAUAUCUCAAGUUUUAUUCUGCUUGCUUUUCCUGGUGGGUGAUUUAUCAUAACAUAUGUAGAAUCUGUGUUAUACAGUAGGUGCUAGGGCCCGAUUGAUAUGGAUUUUUGGGGGCUGAUGCCGAUACUGAUUAUUAGGGGGGGGGGGAUUCGAUCACCAAUUAAUCGGCCGAUUUUUAAAUUUUUUUAUGAAGUUUUAAAAUUUUGUUAAUUCAAGUAAUGUAUCUAUAAAUUUACUUGUUUUUUUAACAAAUGAGCCUUUCUUGCUUUUGAGCCUUUCAAACACCUCUUCAAAGAGUUAAAGGCAGAAAACUCAUUUCAAAUCCUUUUUAUUGCUAAAAAUUAAGCAUUUUUCUUUGUUGCGUUUACAUAAUAUGACUUACACCACACCCUUGGCUAUUUAUUUUAACUGUAAUAAAGAUGAUAAACAAUUUUUUUUCAGUUUAUUAUUCAGACUGCAGCGGGCGUGAGUCUGAUUAUUUUGUCAACCUUUGUCUUGUCAAACUCACACACUCGUCAUCCUCUAAAAUAAAUAGCCCAUAUAAAUAGAUAAAAAUAAAGCUAACUCACCUACAUCAUAAAAAAUAAGAAACACUCGAUAUACUGUAAGCUACUGCUCUUCACGCCGACAGGAAGACCGACUCACCUCAGUAAUAUUCCAUAUAUUUAUCAUUAAUCAAACUCAAACCAGAAAAGCGUUUUCAACUACACCCCCUGCUGAUCGGUACCUCCGCGUCUUGACUCAUGUUACUGAUUUCCGGUCCGGUCUCAUCUGAAGGCAUGCAGCUGCCUCAGUAAGAGAAGUAGCUUGAUCACAUAAUGUGUACUGUUGUUUGUUCUACCGUCUACUGGCACGGCCAACAGUGUAGCAAGGCUAAUAGCAGAUGGCUAUGGAUGGAUAGUCGGGGAUCUUUUCAAAGGGCGGAACAUUUUCGAAGUGAAACCGAAUCUUAUUCUCCGCAUUUUAUUUCUGAAAGUAUCAGCGACAAUCCGCGAGUUUAUGCCGAUUUAAUCAGCUUGCCGAUAAAUCGGUUGGGCCCUAGUAAGUCCACAUGCUGAUGCCUCGGGAUAUGACAUGAUCCGUGAUACACAUUGACGACAAACUCAGGGUUUAACAGGAAUGAAACAAUACUGUCUACGUCGUGGUACCACCACAGAGGUCUGUAGGUGGACCGCUUAUUGCUAUCCAUUCGUCUUCCAGUUGACUCAUUACAUAUCAACCCAUCGUCAGAAUCUAAUCUUUUACAACCAGCUUCCAUCCCUCUGUAGACUUCAGUAAAACUUUGUCAACAUAAGCACUGCUGUUUUCCUCAGGCAUCAUUACUUUACAGCUAUCACACAUUGACGCAGCAUUUAGUCAGUGUGUGGUUUGUCUUUGGCUGAGCGGUGUGGAGAGGAGAUAAUUUCCUUACUUUGUUGUGUUGUAGACAACAAAAUAAAGAAGUGAGCUCCUCUAGUUUAUGUUGAAGAGACAGCUGUUGGAGCCAAUGCGUUCGUGACAGAGACGCACCACUUCUCCCCUCUUACUAAAUCAGUCUAGCAUUUGCCAGUAAAAAGAAAAUGUUUCUAUUCAGAAUAGUCCCAUGGAUAAUUUAACAUAAUUAUCAAAUAAUUUUCUUUCUUUGCCACAGAGAGCUGUUGAGACAGAAUAGAAACAGGUAAUGAGAAAGAGUCUCCUUCCUGCAGGUGGGAAUUACAGCCAACAUGUUGAUGGAGGGCUAUGAAUUAUAAAUGAUUUCACAGAAAGGACUGUUUUUGCUGAUUUUAAGGUCCAUUACUGCAGUACAGCCUGCCCGUCGCCUCUAUGCGUGUCAGGGUAGUUUUGAGGCAGAUAGGACAAUUUCUGUUGUCUGUUGGUGUUCAUUUACAGACAGUAUAAUAGAAAAAGACGUUUUUUUCAGGCUGUUACUUCUGUCUGGUCCCUUUGCUACUUUACUGUCACUUCUCUCAUCAACAAUGAGCAAGAUAUUUGUUGUUCACAUUUUCAUUUGUAAUGCGUUCACUGCAAUAUAAUGAGAAAAUGUUUUAUCUGUUUAUGUGGAAUGAGCUUCAAUUUUCUCAUCAAAGUCUUCCUUGAAAUUGAGAAACCAACCGCAAUCAGUUUCUUUUCAUAGAAAUGAUAUUUAUCAAAUAAUUGCAUUUGACGUGAAAAUUCAUUUUACACUUGUUUGAGUCUGAUUCUCUGUCAAUAUCUUGCUUGUUAUUCUUCAUGGCCUUAUAAUACAUCACAAUUAAAACUCUAGUUGCUCAUAAAUCAGAUGAAAUGCCAGCUGGUGGGUAGAGGUUGUAAUUUUCAGGAAGCAUUAUCCUGUUUACUUUCAAUUCUGUUAGAUAGAAAUUCACAUUACCACUCAUUUACUAUGACACAUAUUCUUACUGAGACGUAAUAUUCCUGGAAAUACAUUUUCUCAUUAGCAGGAUCGGGAAAGCUUUGAACCAAACAUGUUAAUUCAAAGGAUAUGUUACACUCACUUGGAAUUAGAUUUAAUUACCAAACAUUGUUAUCCGUCACAUGGCUGAAUUAAAUACUUGAGUCUGAUUGGUUUAAACCCAUGAUGGUUGUGACUGACUUUUGGAGGCAACGGCCACUUCAGGGAACUGAUCUCACAUACCACAUUGAGUGUGCUGUUUAAGAUUUCACUUCUUGUUGACAGUGUGACAAAAACGUUACUUGAGCACUGGCUGAUGACAUGGAGGAUAUUUGUCGUGUGAGUAUUUGACGUGUUUGGAGAGCCCAAACUUUAUAUCUCAAUGAUCAUGAAUGUUCUUCCUUGAGCUGCGUCACCCCACUGCAGUCCAUAAUGGACUGGCCUGAGGUCUCACUACAAACAAGCAGCUGCUGGAAGAGAGUAGGUGAGUUGUGUUUAGUCUCUUUGCUGAAGAAAUUAGGCAAAGUUAAAACGAUGUUUAGUGGCUAGUGCUGUGGCUGGGACCCAAUAUGUACUGUUGAUGAAGUUAGGUGCUGUUCUGAGCAUUAUUUGUGGCUAUAGAGUGGUGUUUUGGUCAAGGUUUGUUUAUGGAUCCUCAGACUGCUGUGUAUUGCUAUCCUGCGGUCGUUACUAAAGUUGGUAUAAUUAGAGAAGCAAGCAGUCAGCAACAUUAAUCUCUUGAGGGGGUGUCUAAUUCGAUGUUGUGGUGUGUUCGACCCUAAAUUAAUUUUACACCGGAGUAUCCCUUUAAACUAACACAGGGGUGCAUAUAUGGAGAAAAUACUACAGGACCCAAGGUGGAUCCUUGAGGCACUCCAAAGCAACAAACAAAAGCCUGAGAAAUGUAUGAUCUAAAUGACCCAGAAUUUCAACAGUCCAGGGAUCUCCAGAGACCGGGUAAAAAGGGUCUUACAGGAGUUGGAUCAACUUGAGAAAAAUGUACAGCGUGUUUUCUUGUUAACUUUUAAUACGAUUGGUUGGAUCUGUGUGAUAUUUCUUCAAUAAGUAGAGGAUUUUUUUUUCCAAUCCUGGGCAUUUUUAUUUUGGAAUAUCGAUGUUGUUAUUUCUGUGACUGUAACCAUAAUGUGAGUUACAAUAGCACAAAACAAACGAACUAAACUUACCUUACUAGUGGCCAGUGGUGGCCUAUCAUAGCGACCAGCCGAUUGUUUGUUUUCUGUCACUCGAGAAGUUUUAUCAACCUCACAAAAAUGCACGCCUCUUGCACAGAAAUAAACUAAUUAUGACUGUAAAACCCUAAUUGGCUCAGGAUAUCAAAGAAAAUAAGUGAUCCAUGUUUUAUUUUCUUUUAUUUCAUUACAUUUGUAUUCAUCCACACCCCUUGCCCCUACCCUUGUCCCAGGGGUAAUAUUAAAUUUGAAUACAGGGAAGAAAAAAUAAAAAUGUCAAAAAAUUAAUAAUAAUAGAUAGAUAAAUAAUAACAAUAAUAAAUUAAAUAAACAGCAGCGUCAUCAGUACAUAGUAAACAUAAUCAUGAAGGAAGAAAAAAAAGAAGAAAAUAAGUUGAGAUCUUGAGAAAACAACUAGAAUUUUCUCUGCAGAGUAGAUAAAUUUAAUGUCUGCAUGUCUGCAUAGGACUCCAGUAAAUAACAGACAAUCCAUGAGCUAAAACCUCAAGGGCAAAGAUAAUUUUAAGCUGAAAACUCAUUAAUGAAACACUUCAUUCAGUUAAUUUAGACCAGAUGAGGCCAUUCACCUUAACGUACCAUAGAGUCUACAUAAUCCUUGAGCUGGAGACACGCAACACACAGGAGACCCGCGAGCUAUCAUCUGCAGCCAUGUUAACAGCAGUCACAAAGAUAAUAAAGGGAUGUUAUUACCUCUAACUCCAGCUCCAGCACACAAUGCAACAUACAGUGAUGGCGUUUUCCUUCAUCUCCAGGUGUCUCACCAGUCCCAGUGCAAAUAAAGCCUGAAAUAACAAACACACUAAGCUGUCAGUGUUGGAGUUAAUCAGAAUUUAAUGAGCUAACUGUCAUCUCUUGCUAAGAGGAUUUGGGGUUAUUGAGGAGAGCGCCGUAACAAAGCAAAAGUAAAUUAUCUUGCAGGUAAAAUGGCAGUUGGGGGUUCAAUAAAGUGAAGGCAGAGGGUGUAAUGUAUCUUUGUCACUUUGUUUACCCAGAUUAAUUCAAUGACAUAACUGCUGGGACGUGUCUCAGCGGUCUUUACAAGGAUACUGCAGAAACAAUGCAAUCAUUAUUGUGCCUCAGACAUGAAACCACAUGAAUACUUUGACAUUUAGGAAACUAAACUGAUUCUUAUCUGGGAAAAUAUUGUUAGAUCUGUCACUUUUUACUGAAUGGUAAAAAGGACAGGUGUCUUGGUUUUUGGAGGGAGUUAUGGGUGACACCAUUUCUGCAUUGAAACCAUGAACUUCCUGGAUUUUAUAGCUUUCACUAAAUAACUGCUCAAAGCCAAGAAACAGAAACAAGAAAAAUCUGCCACCUUUGUGUUAUCUGCAAUCUUUUAUUUCUGGCAGGCAUUCAUUCUUCUUGAGCUCUCACUUAAAGACAGUCUUGUCUUUAACUACAGUGUGGUCUGAUUUCUUAAUGCAGCUUCUGUUUGGCUUUAAGUUGAUAGCUCUUUAAUUCUGCUCCAUGCAGCUCUGUAACAAGACUCUGGAGUACUGACCUUAUUCAAGAACCCAGCAGACUUUUGACAAUCAUAGAAACUGACAGAAGCCUGAUUGGGUUUCUCCUCUAGACUGAGCUAGUAAAAAAGUCAAAAGUUUGAUAUCUGAGUCAUUUUCUAUGCAGACACAAAAUAAAUAUGCUUAAAUGACUUUGUGGUGCUGCACCUGUAUUUAUGCAGUGCUGUGUUUUUUCUUUUGUCUGAGAGGAUUACAUCUUUAAUUCUACUAGGUAGGAACCAAAAAGACAAAAUUAUUCACCUUAAAUUCAAGUGUGAUUUAAAAAAAAGGUUCUUUGGUGCUUGUAGAAGAUUAAACCUGGUGUUUAUAAAGUGAUAUAGAUGUCUAAUGACUGCAGGACUACAAAUCAACUAAAAAGGCACAAAAAAGGACAACAGAAUGACGCCAAAGGACUACAAAAGACUCUUGUUUCAGGCAGGCAUUCAUUCUUCUUGAGCUCUCUCUUAAAGACAGUCUUGUCUUAAACUACAGUGUGGUCUGAUUUCUUAAUGCAGCUACUGUUUGGCUUUAAGUUGAUAGCUCUUUAAUUCUGCUCCUUGCAGCUCUGUAACAACACUCUGGAGUAUUGACUUCACUCGGGAACCCAGCAGACUUUUAACAUCGUAAACCUGACUGAAUCUUGAUUAAGAUGUCAUCCUCCGCUCUGCCUUCUCAGACAUUCAGGUGUGGUCACAAGAUGCAGGCUUUGCACGUAUUUCAUUUGGGUCUUUGGUCUGCAGUUAGUGGGGUAUGCUCAUAAGUUUGGAUCUUUUUGAUGUGAUCCAGCUUCACUUGUGACUCAUGGCAGAGGAUGGUAAACACAGUAUACAUCCUCACUGACAAGAGCUCCAAACAAUCUGGCCAUUCAGCCGUCUGUUCUUCAUCCUCUGUCCUAAUGGAUCCAUGCUCUCCCCUACUUGUGUUUUCUAUACACACGCUGCUCUUUCUGAACCUGCCUCUUCUUUGCAGUUUUCAUCAUACUGAUCAAAAGAACUUUCUCUUUUAUUUCUGUUUCAUAUACCAUCAAAGGAGUCGUCCCCAAAAAGCUUUGAUCGUCCUUCAUUUAGAUGCCAAAAUAAUAAACUGUAUUGAUGGAGGGGUUCACAUCAGGAUCUCUUUCCCUUAAGAAUUGAAUUUUUAUGCCUUAUUAACUGAGAUUUUUUUUUCCAAUAACUCACAAAAAAUUUUUUUUUUUUAAAUCAAGCCUGUUAUUUCUUCAAAACAAAACAAAAACUUGCAUUGUGGCUGACUAUAAAUUGGAUUGGAGGAAGAAAAUAUACAAAAUCUCAGCCACAAUAACAAAAAGACAAUAUUACACAAGACUUCAGUGAAGAUAUGAGAACUUUUUAUUCUUGGCUCUGUAAACUCAACAAAGUUUCAUCCUUGUGAUAUCUUUGAAAACUCUUUGGGGUCUGAAACUCAACUCCACUGUGUAUGGCUUUCUUUUAAACUCCGACGUAAAAACUGAUUAAAAAAUGAGGUUUGCUCAUGCAAAACUAAAAGUGGUUGACACAGAGGGUCUGAGCUAUUCAGAAAACAUCCCAAGAUACUCUGCACAGGACACACAGCACUUUCUCCUAUAGACUGAGCUUGUAAAAAGUCAAAAGUUUGAUAUUUGAGUCAUUUUCUGUGCAGACACAAACUAAAUAUGUUUAAAUGACUUUGUGGUGCUGCACCUGUGUCUCUGCAGUGCUGUGUUCUUUCUUUUGUUUGAGAGGAUUACUUCUUUAUUUCUACUACGUAGGAACCAAAGAGACAAGAGACAUUAUUCACCUUGAAUUUAAAUGUGAUUUGAAAAAAGGUUAUUGAAUCAUUGAUUUUUGUAGAAGAUAAAACCUGGUGUUUAUAAAGUGAUAUAGAUGCUUCGGUGCUGUCCAGUGUUUGUUUCUUUUUUAUCCCUAAGACAUAAAAAGGAUGACAAAUCAACUAAAAGGCUCAUAAAAAGACAACAAAAUGACCCCAAAGGACUACAAAAGACUCAAGACUAUGAUGAGGUCAAAAUGACUUAUAAGAGACAUGAGGACCAGGAUUAAACACAAAAAGCAAGCACAAGGACAAGGAGCUCUAAGCAAUUACUGAACAGCGCCAAAGACACAAAAUGAUAAAAAAAAAUGCAGCCAUCAUUUAUUUUCCUUUUUUUUUUUCUUCUGGUAUCUUUGACCUGUGCUCCAAUGUUUCACAGUACAGAUGUUCUCUCUGUGCAGAUACACAAAAAUGAAGACUGCCACCAACAUCUACAUCUUCAACCUGGCCUUGGCUGACACCUUAGUCACCAGCACACUACCGUUCCAGAGCGUCAACUAUCUGAUGGGGACCUGGCCCUUUGGAGACAUGCUGUGCAAGAUGGUGAUGUCCAUCGACUACUACAACAUGUUCACCUCCAUCUUCACACUCACCACCAUGAGCAUUGACCGCUAUGUAGCCGUGUGCCACCCGGUCAAGGCUCUGGACUUCAGGACGCCACGAAACGCCAAAAUCGUCAACGUCUGCAACUGGAUUCUCUCCUCCGCCAUCGGACUGCCUGUUAUGUUCAUGGCCUCCACUGCUGUCACUCGUAAGCAUUAAUACUUUUACUCAGUAGUUUGUACUCCACAUUAACUACUAAGACCUCGACGAAUGCAGAUGUCCAGUAGUCUUCUGAUAUCAGUAGUAGGGCUGGGCGAUAAACCGAAAAUUUACCAAUACCGAAAUUUCCGACAAUAACAAACAUCAUUUUGCCUAAGUCAAUACAUUCAGUGUCGAAAAAUAAAUAAAUAAAAGUUUAUUUUAGAUGUGUUUAGGUAGGCUAUGGUCUCAUGUGCCUUUAAGAUGCUGUCUUACAUCGGAGACGUGACUCCAUCCCCAUCCAGUCCAUAACAAAGAGGGAAAGACAGGUGAGGAGAUGGAGGACGGUUCAAAAGUUGUAGCGGCUGAAGUAGACGAAGUUAAUAUGGGAGGGGGUGAGCAGCUUGUGGACUAGUUAUCGUCUAUUUAUCGUUAUUGAGGUGAACUGCUCAAUAUAUCAUGAUAUUGAUUUGAGGCCACAUCACGCAGCCCAGGUCAGUAGCCUACAAUAAAAAAUGGUUACCAUCGUCUUAGUGGAAAAAACACUGACUGCUAACGUGUUGCCAACCAAUGAUACACACUUUACACCACCACUUCUGCACCACCCUGUUUUUGUUAUUUUUAAUUGAUAUUUUACCUCAAAGCUGUUCAUGUUUCAGGUCAUAAUGAAUUAUUGAGACAAAUCAGUGUAUUGACCUGCACUGAGGCACCCUCUAAGGACAACAUUAUACACUCUCACUUUGCAUUGAGAAAAUGUAUUCACAGUAAAGACCUGUAAACUUACAAUAUGUAAAGCAUAAUUAAAUAUACAAUAAUCUGCAAUGGCAAAGUCGGAAAAGAGUUGAAUAUUGGCUGUGAAUCAAAUAUGCUGAAGCCUUUUUAUAGCUAUAAAUGGGUAUGUCUUCCUCCUCCCAAAAAAAAGUGGAGGAACUCAAAAAAUCACAUCCGAUCCGCAUCCUUCAAAGGUCUUCAACUAAAACUAGACAAACACAAAAUGCCAGGAAACACAUUCAGUUUAUUUACUGAAUUCCAACUCAAAGGAGUGAUUUCGUGCUCCAGCAGACUCGAUAAAAGGUGACAACUCCCUUUUUCCUGUGCAUCUACAAAAAAGUCCUUUUUACCGCUCCAUGCCUGGCUGGUGAUGAAUAUAAGUGUCUGCAGCCUACUGAGACAGGUCUCUGUGACAGGGUGUCUGUGUAAUUGCCAAGGUAAUGGGGAGGAAAAAGGCCCAGAAAUAGCUGGAGUGUAAAAUGUUGAGUUUGGAGUGAAGAGCUCCUUAAAAGUCUGAUGAUGUGCGACGUUUACCUCUGUAUAGCAAAUGAAGAGCACUUAUUAGUGAGACAUGGUCUACAUCUACCUGGGAUUGCUGGGUAAAUCAACAGUGAUACAAAAAUUAGUUGUUUAUUUUGUUGCUAAAUUAGCAAAUAAUGAGAGUAUUAACCUUGAGGCAACCAUGUCCAUAUUGCCGGGAAUUAAGCCAAUCAUUUUUGCUAUACAGAGGGAAAACACCUCAAAACAAAGGACCGUAUCAAAAGAUUAGUGUUGAAACAUUUGUUGAGGGAAAAUUAACAAACCAACAUUUGUGAUUGCUGUAAAUUUAAUAGUGACAGCAUAAUGUCACUUGUGUUUUUCCCAAACGUUUUAGUGUCUUUUAAGAUCAUCCUUUUGGUUUCACAGACCAUUAUUUCACUGCUUUAGUUUCACUUUCUGUUACUGUGCUUUUACUGCGAGUGUUUGCACACUGUAUCAUUAUAUUAAUGUAUGGUGAGCUGACCAAUUAUAAGUCUUACUUAAACUGCCUCAGGGAGAACCAAAACAGUGAUUGGUUGUGCUCAUAAAUACUAUAUUUACCACCUAUAAAUUAUUCAGGUAGAAAAAACCUACUUCCUGAAGGAGGAUGUGACACAUAUGUUAGUGAUAAUGAAACAGAUACAAAUAGUUACCUGUGGAAAUAGAAGUAAGUAAUAGUUGUGUCUCUGUUUCCAGUGAUUAUGUAGGUGUUAUGAUGCUUGUAUUUCCUCACUUUAAGCCGCCUCCAGUAUCGUCGACUGCAAGCUGAUCUUCCCCCACCCCUCCUGGUACUGGGACACGCUGCUGAAGAUCUGCGUGUUCAUCUUUGCCUUCAUCAUGCCCGUCCUCAUCAUCACCGUGUGCUACGGCCUCAUGAUCCUGCGGCUCAAGAGCGUGCGCAUGCUGUCGGGCUCCCAGGUUAUGAAAAUCAUUUUUGUAAUAUUAGCUAAAUAAAUGCAAAGAGAGGGUCUCACUUAAUACUCUUACGUUUUAUACCUGUUGGCAAUUAUGGUUUUAGGAUGCAAGCAUGACACACCAUUAAGUGAGUCAUAAAAGCUCAGGUUGAACAACAUGAGGCUCUGACUGAAUAAGUAAUUCAUUUUGUUUGUAUUCUAAGAAUAACUAACAAACUAAAAUGCUGCCCGGAGCUUGCAUAUGCACACGUUGCUCUCAAGAGAAAGCAAUCAGGGGAAAUCACUGUGAGCCUGGGGCCGAGUUUACAUCAUUUUAGAGGAAAGCAAAAUAAUCCACCCAAAAUCAAGUCUCUCUUAAUAAAUCAGACAAUUUAACAAAUCCUGGAUACAGAGCCUAUGUGUGUAUAUAUGUAUAUAAAUUCAACAAUUACUGCUCUUUCUUAACCUGUUUCUCCUCCGAUCUUCCUUUUGCUCUUUUCUCUGCUUCUGUAGUCUCUCCCCUUUAUCUCCUCUUUUAUCACUCAAACAGCUCUCUCCUCAGGAUUUUCCUUCCUAUCUCGCCUUCUCCAUCUAUUCUCUUUGAAAUCCCUCUUCCUUCUUAACAACAUUCGACAAUAAACCCCCUCUUUCUUUCACACUUGCAGGAAAAGGAUAGAAAUCUGCGCCGCAUCACUCGCAUGGUCCUGGUGGUGGUUGCAGUUUUCAUUGUUUGCUGGACGCCCAUCCACAUCUUUGUAAUCAUCACUGCUCUGAUCAAUAUCCCCAGCUCCACGCUGCAGACUAUCACCUGGCACUUCUGCAUUGCACUGGGCUACACUAAUAGGUACACAAAAGGCAAAGAGGCAGUAAUGGAAACUAAAUUGCAAAUCAAGGUUGUGCUAAAACAGUUUUUUAUAGAUGUUUGUCAACAUUUUAACUGUAUGUUCCUUUUAUUGUUGCAUUUGUGGUUAGAUUUUUGCAUUUGCACAUUUGAAGUAUUUAUCAUGACACAUUUAAUCACUGAAAUGCAAAAUAUUUAAUAGCUCUAAGGAAGUAGAAAGAAAGCCUGGACAAGUGAAGAAAACAGGGUGCCUAUUCAGCGAUUUAUUAUGCUUUUUACUGAUAAAAGCAAAUGGGAUUGGGUUUUGACUGACUGUAUUAGUUUGCACACCUUGUAUGCAACAACUUUGGUUAACUUGAAGUUAUAAAGCCACUGAAAAGGACAUGAAACAACAUGAAAAGGAUGUUUUUUAGCACAGGGGGGAGUUUAUUUCCCUGCGUUUACCUGGCAUCUUUUUUUUUCCCCUCCUUGCAGUAGUCUGAACCCGGUUCUUUACGGUUAUCUGGAUGAGAACUUUAAGCGUUGUUUCCGUGAGUUCUGCACCCCGAGCCCCUCAGUGUUGGAGAUGCAGACCUCAUCUCGGACCGGACCCACCAGCCGCAAGCUGCCACAGCGGGAACACAACAGUGCAAACACAGGAGAAAGAUCCAAUCAACAGGUAGUCUUUAUCCACGUAUGAACGGAUUAUUUUGGUGUAUGCUUACAAAAAGUAAGCGGGCUGCACAAAUUUUUUUUUACAUUUUUGCUAAAGGGAAAUGACUAUAAAAAAAUAGAAACAUUGAUUAUUGAUAAAAAUUUGAAACAUUUUUGGUCACGUGUGGCAGAGGCACAUUGAGGUAUAGCUUUCUGUUAUCAGUAGAGACACAAGUUAGCUCCCUCAUCUCCCUCUUGAGAUGUGAGCUUAUAAAUGUACAACAGAAGAGUAAAAAGAAAUCAGUUUUAUGUAUGCAGCCACAGCUACAUCUUUUUUUUCCUUUUGAACUCUUGUCUCUGCAGGUAUGACUAGCCUUGGAGGGGUCGUCGAUGGACACUCGCGUUGCCAACGACGAUCUCAACUCAGAGAUCACACAGGUCACCACAGGGCUCUGACAAAUCAAACACAAACUAAACACACAACCCACCCAGGACCAGACCGAGACUAGAUAAAACAGAGCAGUUUGAAGAUGUGUGGGCAGUUUUUCUGCCAACAAGUCAGUCUUGAAUAACUUAGAGCAUGGCAGUGCAAGGCUCUUAUUUAAACAGAUAAGGAAAGCUAAACAGAAAGGCAGGAUACAUCAUGACCUCAUGACUGAAGAAGUUGCACUGACUGGUAAACUAAAACUUUCAUGACUUGAUAUUGAAAUAUUAUGUCUGUACUCUUACUCUGACAGUAUGAUCUAUACAGGCAGAGUAUUUUCUGUAGACAGAUUUAUAGAAGGAUCCUAAAAAAGAUACACAAUUCAUCAUGAAAAUUCAGCUGUCACUCCCCCUCCCACCCAUGAUUUCUUUGCACAUGUUAAAGGAGAGUUAAGGUGUAGGAGCCAGUUGGGUUUUGGACCUGUGUUACCGUCAUCAUAUUGCCCCCUUCUGUCCUUACUCCUUCAUUUUUUUCUUCUGCUUCUGUUAUUUUGUCUCUGAAAUAGUCUCUACAGCUGCUGGACUCGUCAUUGAGCAGACAUACAGUAAAGCACAGUAUGUUCUUUUUGCUGGGUGUGACAAAUUUCUGAAUGUAAAAGAAGAAAAAGGCAGCUGUGUUUAUCACACUGGGGGAACUGGGCUUAACUGUGGAUCCUAUAAACCAGCGGAGAUGAUGCAUCAGUCUGUUUGCACAGCGCAUAAAGCGUGCUGCCGUGGCUUAUAGUGCGAACACAGAGUGCGAGCAUAUGUGCAAUGCGUGUAUGAUUAACCAUUGCUUAUUAUUGCCAAGCAAGAUUGUACAUCUGCGGUAAUCUUUAGACAUGCUUGUGCUUACGUCUUGUGCUGUAUACUAUAUUUGCCAGUUGCCUUUACAAUAUCUCUACUUGAUAUUCUGUGUACUGUCAGUAUUUUUUCAAAGAUAUGUAAAGAUGAUUAUGAUUGUAAUGAUUGCUCAUGUAAAAUACUGUAAGUAAGAUGUUGCUCUUUUAUAAUAAUGAAAUCAUAACAGUUGCCUGGUGAAGAUUUCUGGAGGAGACAGUCGACCAGUGAGUCAUUGUGUUUUUAAAGUACGGUUUAACUCUUUGUUAAAUUAAAUUCACUAUAUCAAUUAAAUAUAUAUCCUCAUGCAACAUUUGUAAGAAAAUCUUAAACUGUGGGUUCAAACUUUAUGCAAAGUUGAACAUAAGAGACUGUUGAAAAUAUUUCUUGGCUAUGCAGGGGCUUGUCCAGAAUUAUUUGAACGGGGGGGGCAAAACCCUGAGACACACCCCUGAUGACAAUUCAGAAAAUGUUGUAGUGUAAAUACGGUCCAUUUUUUUCAUACUUGGAAAUUGAAUUUGUGAAAAAAUGUUUCUUCUACAACCACUAAGACAGAAAAAUGUUGUAAAACAUGGAUCCCAGUCAUCUAACACUGGAGAAUUCUGUAUAACAAAAACAGCCGAAUUGACUGUUGUGGGCUUUGAGAGUCUAUUAAGUGUUUCAUUCGAAUAAUCACAUUAUGUGUUAAUGGGAAUAUUAAGAAGCAGAGUGUUGCCUUCUGUGCUGCAUAUUGCUUGGAUCUUGGAAAAUGGACACUUAUGUAAUAAUAGCAUUUUUGUCAUCAAUGUAUAAUGUACAGCUAAGAUAUAUUUUUCAGCAGUAGAAACUCGGUGAACCUACAGAAAAUGCUCUUUAAAAGCUCCAUUAAACUCUCUUUUGAGCAUUUGCUGUUUACCGGACUCAAUCAUGGCUUACUUGUAAUGGCACUUAUUGUAACCCAGUGUACAGAGCAUAAUUUCAACUCUGCAGACAACACUGUAACAUAAUAGAUAUAAUUUUAUGUUAAUCAGUGCAUUUCAAUGGAAUAAAGUGUAAUUCUGAAUCUCACUGAAUGCCUUUUUUUCCUCGCAUCUGAAUAAAGAAUGUUCUGCAUUA